AUGAUUUUUUCAAAGACGACUAUAUCGCUGUUAUGCAUAUUAUUAUUGCUAUCUAUUUUUAUGGCGAAUCUGAUGAACAUUAUUGCAACGGAUCACAAUUUUUACGUUGAAAAUAAAAAUGAAGGUGUUAAUUUCACUAAAUAUUUGUCUAAGAAGUAUGGGCAGAUUGCUGAUUCGCCCAAGAAUCUGAUUUGGUUUGUGCAGAUUUCAGACAUACAUAUUAGUAUAUUCCGAGAUCCAGGUAGAAUUUCACAGUUUCAGCAGUUCUGUGAUAAUACUGUUAAGAAAAUUAAACCAUUAAUUGUGCUUGCUACUGGGGACCUGACUGACUCAAAAACAAAAGACAACCUGGGCAGCACUCAGGUGAAGAUGGAGUGGGUGUACUACCACAAUAUUAUUAAGGAGUCUGGAGUGACCGAAGAUACAAUCUGGUUAGACAUAAGAGGAAACCAUGAUAACUUCAACAUUAAGAGUAUAAACUCACAAGAGAAUUAUUACAGGAACUUUUCAGUACAAGGAUUACUUCAUACACGUUCCUAUUUACAUUUUCAAGAAUACAAUGGUGUCAGUGUUGCAUUUUUAGGAAUAGAUGCAUGUCCAGAACCUGGGCUAAAAAGGCCUUUUAACUUUAUUGGUAUUUUGGACAUCCACGAGCAACAGUAUAUUCAGAAAUUAAAAUCAGAAGCGGAAACAAAAGCAGAUCACAUUGUAUGGUUUGCACACUAUCCAACAUCAUGCAUUCUUUGUCUAGAAAAGGAUUUGCCAAAAAUGAAUCUUCGCCAACAUAUUGGCAGUACACAAAAGUCACAAGUGUUCCUAUGUGGCCAUCUACAUUCCAUGGGUGGUUUUGUUCCCAAAAUGUAUACCAAACAAAGAAAAGGAUAUUUAGAACUUGAACUAGGAGAUUGGAAAGACAAUAGAAUGUACAGAAUAGCUGCUAUUGAUCAUGGAAUGUUUUCUUUUGUGGAUCUAAAGCACAACACAUGGCCAGCAAUUUUAGUGACAAACCCAAAACACGCGAAAUAUGCUAUGCCAGGCAGAGAACCAUUAGAUCUAAUGCCAGAAUCAUCAUUUAUUAGAAUAUUAGUGUUUAGUGAUGUACAUAUAGACUCGGUGAAAAUAUCUUUUGAUCAAACAAGUUGGGAGGAAUGUAGGCAUAUUGAAGGCCCUCUAUAUGUUUACCAGUGGCUACCUAGUCAUUUUGCUAGUGGUAUUCACAUUUUGCAUGUCAAUGCUGUUGAUGAAGUGGGCAAAGAAGCUUAUGUUGAACACCCAUUUUCGCUAGAUGGCACUGUUGUCAACUUCCCACUUUUAGCCAGAAUCUUACUAAUGCUAGAUGCAGGGACUGUGUUUCAGUCAAUGUUCGCAACACUUCUGGCAUUCAAUAUUUUGCCUCUCUUCAUGUUGAGAGUACAAAAACGUCCAUUGAAACAUAGCAGAAAGUUUGGUCGACAUGUUCUCAGAAGAGUGUGGCUGCUAAGUAAAAUUGAUGCUGUCUUUUAUCCCAUUGUACUAUACGCCAUUUAUUUGCCACUUGGGCCAUGGGCUGUUGGACAACUAAUAGAUGGGUACACUGGAGCCAUUUUUGCUUGGGGCAUAAUAAUCAAAGGAUCAUAUUUGCCUGAACCAUUUACAUAUAUGUAUGGAAGUGUGCAGCUAUUAUUUGUGCAUAUACCACUACUUUUCGUGCUGGCGCAUGCUCUCGAGAAUCGUCUGUUUACCAUUCACGUCAGAGGAGUAAAAAGGGUAGUAAAGCAUUUGCCCUUUGUGUUUUUGUUGUCAGUACAAAUGUUGUUAGCCUAUUUCUUUUGGCUGGAAUAUGGAACUAUGUCCUUCGUAUUUGGACCUCUACGGACAUGGAGCAUCGCAUUAAGUUUUUUAUUGUGGUAUAAGAUAAUGACACUGUCUCCUGAUUACUGCAGGAAACUAAUCACCUUAAACAACACGUCAUAGUAUUAAUAUAUGAGAGGCUGUACGUAAAUCGAGUCUAUUAUCAAGCGAAUAGCGCAAUCGAUAAAGUAAGGCAUAUUAAAUGUUUUAUAUCUAUGCUAUUGCAAGCUAUGAAAGUCUGGAUAGACGCUAAAGGCGCCUUCAAAUUGACGCCUAUAGAAGCGCUACAGCCGUACGACUACUAAUUUUCAUACAAUAUUUAGAAGUGCAGCUGCAGUGGUGCCGCGCGAGCGCCACUUUUGCAGAUUAGAUAUUGUAUGAAAAUUAGUAUACUUUGUUCAACAAUUUAUUUUACUUUUGACAUAGAUAUGCCUAUGAAGUUCUGUAAUUAUUGAUAGACUGUAGACAAAAAUGCAAAACAUAAUAGACACUGUUUUUUCUUUACUAUAGUGAAGCGACGUGCUCUUUAGCUUAAGCCGGUAUUGACAGAUUAUGUAAAGAAGAUUAUUCAAGUCGUUUCUCAGUUGUUAUAGGUUUUGGUAGUAAACCGAACAGUGACUAUGACUGCCACGUUGAGGUCCCAGGUUCGAUCCCUGGUUCGAGAGAAAUAUUUGUAUGGCUUACAUUUAUUUCUCUCGCGAGUUUUGGGUGUAAUUUGUGGUUGUCUAUGUGUGUGUCCAUGGCACCCGCGACACAGGGUUUCCCUAGUGCGGGACUUUGUUGAGUGUGUACGUUAUGAUUGUAUACGUUAUAAUUUUGACUAAUCCUUGAGUUUAGCAAUCGUAGAGCUCCUUGAGAAAGAGUUCAUCCAGGGUAGUACUUCCAGCAUACCUAUUUCAGCAGCCAAGCAGUUUUUAAUAGGGUAGACUGCUUAUGAAACUACAGGCAUAUGAGACUUAUCAACUUUAUUUCUCAGAGUGACCGCUACAGUGGUUGUCUCUCGGAUCUUUGCGAUUUAAAACUUUGAAUAGCACUGCAACUGUUAAACUGUGGACAGGCGUGUCGCUUAGAUGCUACCAGCUAACGACCUGUUCGCAAGGUCAAUUGAUAUCAUAAUAACUUCAGUUUCCGUCAAUUUGUUGUAGAUGAUGUCUCUGUUUGAUACUUAAAAGCUAUCUGUGUGGAUCGCUAUCAUGCAUUUUGAAGACCUAAUUAUCACUAACGCUUAUUUUUGGCAUAGGUUUCGAAAGGGUUAGUGCCUGCAUCUCAACAUUACCGAGUGUUUCAAAUUACUUUAGAUUCAGCAACUUGGUCCAGAGUACAUAUCUCCGCGUAAAAAAGACUUGUAUCCUGUGAUUUUAAUCCAGUAUAAAGAGAAAAAAGUACCUAUGGCUAAGUCCGUAAGCGACAGAUUGUUCAGAAUUGAUAGCCGCAAAACAAUAAGGGUCCGGUCGACAAGGUUUCAUCUCUUGCACGUGAAUAGGUUCAGGGUUCUUUGAUAUUCUCGAUAUACAUUCGUCUGAAAUGGAGACACAUGGUAGGCUAGUUCAUCAUAAUAAGUCAAGAAAGAUAAUAAUAUCAUUUCUUAUUACACAUCUAAAGUCUACCAUAUCACACGUGGCAUAACCUUUGUGAGCACUGUUUAGACCAGUUCCUGUCCAAAGAAAUAAAAAGUCCACGAGUUGUUUUUGACAAAGUAACUUUCAGUUUCAAUGUGUGAAAAUUAAUUCCUACUCACAAUGGAAAUGAAACUGUGUUCGGAUCUAAAAUCACGUAUAUUACUUUUCAAACAAAUUAACGUUUUUGAGCUCCUUCAGAAGUCCAUGGUCACGUCUGGCGAGUCACGCAAUUAUAGACCCGAAAAAAGUUUCACUUUCUUUCAACCAAAAAACUCCCACUAACAAAUGUAAAAAAUAUAAUUUUUCAAAAGUUUUUUGAGGCAACAGUGACCUCACGAAUUCGUAAAUAGGAGGGCCUAUCUGUGCGUGUUAAGAGCGUUUCUCUUGUCUGUGUAGAGUCGUCCCAGUUUCUUCUGUGUCAGGAUCAUUUGUACAACUCUCAUUUACCUUCACUCUAACCUUUCUAGCGUAACACUCGGCCUUAUCUACCUCGACAACAUUCAGUCUUUCAUUCUUCUUUAUUUUUGUGUAAUGUCAUCAAAAUUAUAUUUUAUUCAUCUGCCGAUUUCUUUACUGUCUUUUAAAUUUUACUGUCUAAUAAAUUAAAAUUCAUAAAUUAAAAAUAUAAUAAAUUCGAAUUGUUAAUGAAUCGUCGGAUUCUUCUCCAUACAAACUGGAAUCGUCACUUGCAUCCUCAGUAACAUUAAUUAUUAUUAGUUCAUUGUGAGUGGGAACUCGCUCACAUUCAUGAUUGAAACUUCUUCAUAUAUAAAGUCGAUUGUAAAAAGAUAUCGAAUCAGUAACGCAUGAGAAUAUCACUAAGUGAUUAGUACUGCU